AUGAUAGUGCGGCGGAGCACUUUUGCAGCAUGGUCAGUGCCAGCGACUAAGGUACCCACAGAUAGAGCAACAUCUCCAUCUAUCCACCACAAUUGUCACGAAGAAUCCGAGCAUGAACUGUAUCGAAUUUCCGGAGCUCUCCAUGACACCACAAUAACAACUUGGUCAAGUUUCACCUGUUCUCGGAAAACGAAAUGGGAGAAAGAAUAUGGGAUGGAAUCUGGAGGGAAGAGCAUCGUUUUCAAUUCUUUUUUUCGAAGAACUUGGGACACUGAAGAGAGACGAAUUUAUCCGGCCCUCCCCAAUAAUUUCAUCUCGAUUCGCAUCCAAGUGCUUCAAGCAGGAUUUCAAUGCUCCAUCAACAACAGUUGGUUCAAGUUCUUCGAGCACCGACUUUCCCUUUCAAGCAUAGAAGCCAUUACAAUCCGUGGCAGCCACCUCGUUCGUGUACACCUUGACACCGAGGACUACACUGAGGGAGAGGAAAUGGCUGAGGAUGAAGAGUACACUGAAGGAGAGGAAAUGACUGCGGACGAAGAUUUCACUGAAGAAUAA